GGGGAGGAGAGGCAGCGCUGGAGGACUUUUUAAAAAGAGGAGGUCAAUGAUCCAGCCGCUGCCUUGAAAAAAGUACCUGACAGAGGAGGGAGGCGAUCCAGGUGGAGGCUGUUUGAAGAGGAAGGGAGGAUGAGGAGAGAUGUGAACUCAACCAGUCCAGAAGCAAGAAAAGGCCCUGUUGCCACGGAGGCUGGGAGCAGAAGGGAACUGUGGGAAGGAACCUUGCAGAGGAGCUUGGGGGAGAAUUUCCCCCCUUCAGAUGUGCAUCGUCAGCACUUCAGGCAAUUCUUUUACCAGGAGGCUGAAGGGCCCCGAAAGAUCUGCAGUCGACUCCACCGCCUUUGCCUCCAGUGGCUGAAGCCAGAAAGGCACAGCAAGAAGGAGAUCCUGGACUUGGUCAUCCUCGACCGUUUCCUGGCUGUCCUGCCCCCAGAGAUGGAGAGCUGGGUCAGGGAAUGUGGGCCAGAGACCAGUACCCAAGCAGUGGCCCUGGCAGAAGGGUUCCUCCUGAGCCACGCAAAUGAUGAGAAUCAAAACCAGAAGGGUCUGGUGACCUUCGAGGAUGUGUCUGUUCACUUCACUGAGGAGGAGUGGGCUCUACUGGAUCCGGAAAAAAGAAGCCUUCACAAGGAAGUCAUGGAGGACAAUUUUCAGAAUGUGGCCUCUCUGGGUCUUACAAGUCUCCUCGUUAUUCCAGAGGCUGAUGGGCCACAGAGACUGUGUGAGGGAAUACCACAACUCGCAUUGGAUGAGGAGCAGCAGAGGAGAAGCAAUGGGACACAAUGGAAGAUGAGGGCUGAAUCAUCACUUCAACGAAUCCAUACAGGAGAGAAACCAUAUAAAUGCAUGGAGUGUGGAAAGAGUUUUGCUCGGAAUGGAGACCUUACUGUCCAUAAGCGAAUCCACACGGGGGAGAAACCAUAUAACUGUGUGAAGUGUGGAAAGAGCUUUGCUCGGAAUGGAGACCUUACUGUCCAUCAACGAAUCCACACGGGGGAGAAACCAUAUAACUGUGUGGAGUGUGGAAAGAGCUUUGCUCUGAGCUCCCACCUUACUUCCCAUCGACGAAUCCACACAGGAGAGAAACCAUAUAAAUGUGUGGUGUGUGGGAAGAGCUUUGCUAAGAGUUCACAGCUUACUGCCCAUCAACGAGUCCACACAGGGGAGAAACCACAUAAAUGUAUGGUAUGUGAGAAGAGGUUUGCUCAGAAUGGAGACCUUACUGCCCAUCAACGAAUACACACAGAAGAGAAACCAUAUAAAUGUGUGGAGUGUGGGAAGUGCUUUGCCUUGAAUACACGUCUUACUGCCCAUCAACGAAUCCACACAGGGGAGAAACCAUAUAAAUGUGAGAAACCAUAUAUAUGCCUGGAGUGUGGAAAGAGCUUUGUUCAGAACUCCCACCUUACUUCCCAUCAACGAAUCCAUACAGGAGAGAAACCAUAUAACUGUGUGGAGUGUGGGAAGAGCUUUUCUCGGAAUGCACAUCUUACUAUCCAUCGACGAAUACACACAAGGGAGUAACUAUAUAAAGGCGUGGAGAGUGGAUAGAUCUUUCCUUGGAAUCAAGAACUUAAUUCCCAUUGACAAAUCCACUCAGGAGAGAAACCUCAUGCACUAACAGUCUGGAAUAAACUUAUGUUUAAAAGGUGAUUGAGUGGGCAGUGGAGGAACAGCUGCAGAGAUUCCUGAAGGACACCUCAGCCUUGGAUUCUUUCCAGUCCGGUUUCCACCCAGGUUGUGGGAUGGAGACACUGCUGGUCACCCUCACAGACAAUCUUUGCAGACACCUGGAUCGAGGUGGAUUGGCACUGCUGAUAUUAUUAGAUCUCUUGGCAGCAUUUGAUAUGGUCGAUCACAAUCUUUUGACCACUGUCUUACUGACAUGGGAAUAGGAGGGAUGGCCUUCCAGUGGCUUGUCUCUUUUCUCCAUGAUUGGGAACAGAGGGGAGCAUUGGGGGAGAAGUUGUGGUGUGCCACAGGGGGCAAUACUCUUCCUGUUAUUGUUUAAUAUCUGUAUGUGCCCCCUCACCCAGUUGGUGUGAAGUUUUGGACUUGGGUGUCACCAAUAUGCUGAUGACACCCAGUUAUAUAUGUUGAUGGAUGGUCAUCCUGACUCAGCCCCAGAUGUCUUGGAGCAUGCUUUAGAAGCCGUGACUGGAUGGUUGAAGCAGAGUCAGCUGAAACUGAAUCCCACAAAGAUGGAGGUCCUGUACUUGAGUUGCAGGUGCGUGGAUUUAGGACUCCGGCUUCCAGCCCUCGAUGGGAUGUCUGUCACUUACGCCAGUUCUGAGGAUCAGGAGCCUGGGGAUGAUCCUAGAUGCCUCCUUGAAAAUGGAGGCUCAGGUUGCAGUGGUUGCCAGGUCUUCCUUUUACCAUCUUUAACAGAACAGGCAGCUUGUCCCCUAUUUUUCGACCCCUGAUUUAACUACAGUGAUUUGGGCCACGGUCACCUCUAAGUUAGAUUACUGUAAGGCGCUCAACACAGGGCUUCCCUUGAGUCUGAUCCAGUGAUUGCAGCUGGCUCAAAAUGCAGUGGCACCUGUCAUCACCAGAGUGCAGAGUGGUACACAUAUCACACCGGUAUUGCAUCAGCUGCAUUGGCUGCCAGUGGAGUACCGAAUCAGAUUGGUAUUAACCUAUAAAGCCCUAUGCGAACUGGGACCAGUGUAUCUGUGGGACCGCCUCUCCCCAUAUGUGCCCCAGAGGAUGCUCCGAUCAGGGGAUAAACAACUAUUGGUGGUCCCUGGCCCCAGGGAGGCCCACCUAGUCUCGUCCAGAGACAGGGCCUUUUUGGUCCUGGCUCCAACCUGGUGGAACUCUAAUAAGACCAGGGCCUGGCAGGAUUUACUAUCCUUCCACCAGGCCUACAAGACGGAGAUGUUCCACCAGGUGUAUGGUUGAGGUUGAAUAGAGGAGGCAACAUGCACUCAGAGCAGUUUACAAAGUAUGUUAUUAUUAUCCCCACAACAAUCCCCCAGCUGGCUUCCAAUGGAGGAGUGGUUCUCCAGAUUAGAGUCCGGCCGCUCAUAACCACUACACCAAACUGGUGAGCAGGAUUUGUCCUCUCCUGCUCUGGAGGGCAACCCUAGAUCUAUUGGGUGGGUGGUUUUCGUUGACCAUUAGCAGAUACUUCCUACAAGUUAAGAGCGGUUCAGCAAUAGAACUGAAGGGUGGUGAGAUCUUUGGAGAUCUUCAGGCAGAGGAUAGACAGCCACCAAUUGGGGAUUCCCCAGAUUUGACUCUGAAAAGCUUACACUCUGAAAAUCUUGCUGGUCUCUAAAGUGCCACUGGAUUCAAAUCCUGCUGUAGGACAUUGAAUGAACAAAUAUAAUUGGAAAGGAUGUGGAAACUUCCCAGUAGCAUCAUAACUACAUCAACAGUUAGCAGUCUCUAGUCGAAUAGCCUAUAGUUCCUGUCCCUUUACUAGGCGUGUCUCUUAGCCCUAUUACAUGAAUAAAAAAGCCCCCUGAGUAAUUCACUUUUGCAUAGUUAGCAGACAGCCAGCAGAGUGAGGCCAUUCCACAAAGUAGGAGCUACCACAGAGAAAGACCUGAAUUCAAAUCUUCAUUCACUUUAGUCACACUUUCUCAACAUUGGCCUACUCACAUGAUUGAUAGGGAGAUAAAAUGGGAUUAUCCCCAUGUAUGCUGCCCUGAGGUUUUUGAAGACAGAAAUAACAACAACAAUAAUCUCAAAAUUUUUUGCAAUUUACAUGGAAAAACAGCAGCUUUCUGACACAAUAUCUACAGAAUUGCAAAAGUCAGCGUUACUUGGAACAGUGUACAUAUUACACCAAUACCUGGCUGAUACUUAGGUCUCUGGUGGAAACUUGUAUCAGUUCAGCAAGGCCAAACGAUAACAUGUGAUCUUUAUUUAUUAUUGAUUGUGUUGCAUGUAAUUCUAAUAAUAAUAAUAAUAAUAAUAAUAAUAAUAAUAAUAAUGACAGAAUGGAAUACCACUAUAACCACGCUGUACCUGUCUGUAGCACUCUGUACCUCUCUGUAACAACCUAUUCACUUUCCCCAUCAUCCUGACCAUAACGUAAGCACAUAUCAAGUCCAUCUAGUCCCACAUGGGCUGAUCUAAGGUUUAUACCCAGAGGGGAAGUCCUUCGGAUCAGUGGGCCCCAGAACAUGAAGGGCUUUAAAGGAAACAACCAGCACCUUGAAUUGAACCCAAAACCAAAUCGGUGACCAGACCAUUCUUUUUGACAUUGGAAUUAUGAGAUCCUUUACUUCAAUUUGGUUGUGAUGGAACUGGGAUACAUGCUUAUCUGGCUUCUCACCCUGAGAGAGGAAACCCACAGAAGCAAAUGUUAUACAGAGAUGCAUGGUUUGUUUAUUUAUUUACAUUAUGUAUUGCCCAACUUUCUCACUUGGACUCAAGGCAGCUUACACAGUGUAAGGCAAUACGAUCAAUGGCUAGGACAUUCAAUAAACAAUGUUAUGUGCCGUCAAGUUGCCUCCAACGUAUGGUGACCCUACAAAUGAAAGACCUCCAAAACAUCCUAUCGUUAACAGACUUGCUCAGAUCUUGCAAACUGGAGGGCGUCGCUUCUUUUAUUGAGCCAAGCCAUCUCAUUUUAGGUCUUCCUCUUUUCCUACUCUACUUUUCCUAGCAUUAUUUCCUAGCAGAGAGUCUUGAACAUAAUAUUCAAAUGUUGUAUAGUGAUUGUGUUCUAGAUCAUCUAUGUAAAGGGUAUGUUAAUUUUCCCCCAGUGUAAUGAGUAUUUUUGUUUUUCUUUAUCUUUUUCCCCUGCAUCUCCUCUGUGUGUGUAUAUGUAUAUAUACACAUAUAUAUAAUGUAUAUAAAAUAUAUUUAAAAAAACAAUAAAUAUUGUAUAAUAAAACUUGGAGUAGA